AUGGAAGGAGAAAGCUUUCCUCUGCUUGAACUGCCAGAGGAACUGGUUCUUGAGGUCGUCAAGCAGAUGGAUAAGUGUUCACUUAGUCGUGUCGAUUGUACAUGCGAGAAGUUGCAUGGACUCUGUCAUCCUGAGUUGCUCAGGAUUGCAAAGGACAUUGGUCGGCCGGAACAGAGCUUCUAUGACAGAUUGGAUAUCAAGGUCUGGCCAGAUAAUGAUGUCAGGUCCGGAAUGACUCCACAAGAACAGAAGCUCGUGUUGGCUGAUCCCAACUUUACGCCUCCUCGCGAAUAUUUGUCCAACGCAGUGGAGAACGGAGCUUAUGAUUCCGUCAAGUUCUUCCUAAAGGCAGGUCUGUCUGUAGACACUUUCAACUUAGAAGGCUGUCCCAUACUCCACCUCUCCAUCCGCAGCGGCCACAUCGAUAUUACCAAAAUGUUACUAGAGAAGGGCGCCGACGUCAGUCUCACGAUGAAUGAGGGCUACACUCCUUUGGACAGUCUCUGUCACGCUCCUGCGGAAACUCGAGGGGAGCUGGCACGGGUUCUCCUUGAAACUGACAGUAAGGUUCGAUGGAUGGAAUUGUUGCUUUACACAGUUCUCGGCACGGAGUGUCCUGCUGACCUCCUUGAAAGGAUGCUCGAACGGGGCAUGUUGGAUCUUCACACCUGGAGGAAUCAGCAUUGCGGCGAAACGGUUUUGCAUAUCGCUGCAUCUACUGGAGGUGAUUGUAAGCCCGUUGGCACCAUUGAGGAUUACUAUGAGGUCGGGGGCAACACUGAGGCAGUAGUGUACAUUCUACGCCAUGCACCGGAACUUCUAAAUGAUUUUGGGUCUUCUGGUCAAAGGGCCCAUCAAAGGACGGCUUUGGGCUCAACGAUUAAUAUUAACCCCAUCAGUGCGACUUACUUAAUCCAAAGAGGGAUUACACUCGCCAGGAGAAAGGAUGCAGAGACUUCUCGAGACGACGUCAUUCAUCUAUUAAACAAGGCAGUGUUCCAUCGAUAUACAGACGUUGUCCAGGCCUUAUUGGCCCGACCUGAACUGGACGGUUAUGGUUCUGAAGAUUGGAACCUUGACGGAGGACUAGAACCUCUGACAAGCCUUUUCAGGCAGACCUCUUGCGGAAGGGAUGUCGAAAUAAUGGAGGUAUUGACCCAGGGACGCCGUUUUCACUAUGACCCUGUGUUCAUCAACAAAUGCAAAGAUUUAAUAUCCAAGAAGAAAGAGGAGGAGCGGAAGGAAUUUGAAGCAAUUUUGGAACUCUUGGAGAAAGCCAUGUCAUAG